UGUUGUGCUCAACGGCCUCCACCUCUUCUCAAAAUAUCCAUAGUACAGACUCCUCUUGUCAUGAAUCGUUUGUUACAAUUCGAGAAGUACGCACAUCAGCGUUUGCCCAAGUUAGCAAGAGAUUUCUACUUUGAUGGAGCGUGUGGAGAGUUUACUCUCAAAGAAAAUGAAUCUGCUUUUCAGAGGUUGAAGCUACUUCCUCGAGUUCUCCGAGGAAUAUCUGAAUUAACCACUGAAACGUCAAUACUAGGAGUGAAAAUUGCAAUGCCAAUUUGCAUUGCGCCCACUGCUUGCCAGAAAAUGGCUCAUUUAGAUGGAGAAAUUGCAACAGUGAAAGCUGCAAAAAGGAUGGGCACUUGUAUGACACUCAGUACCUUCUCAACAUGUAGCCUUGAAGAAGUGUCCAAGUCUGCUCCUGAUUGUUUGCGAUGGUUCCAGCUGUACAUAGUGUCAGACAGACACAUUACAAAGGACUUGGUGCUUCGUGCAAAAACAGCUGGAUUCAAGGCUCUGGUCAUAACCGUUGACACAGAGGUUGUAGGGAUUAAGUAUGCUUCAACUGAAAAUCAGUUUACAUAUCCUCAGCAGUUUGGACUUCCCAACCUUCAAGAUCAAGAUGGUCAAUCACCAUUUCUAAAUGGUCCAUACGAAGCUGCUGUAACAUGGAAGGACAUUGACUGGAUCAAAUCGCUGACUGAUCUGCCUAUUGUCCUGAAAGGCAUUUUAACAGCACAAGAUGCUAGAGAAGCUGUCAAGCAUGGUGUGUCAGGUAUCUGGGUAUCUAAUCAUGGUGGAAGGCAACUGGACACCGUGCCAGCAGCAAUAGAAGUUCUACCUGAGAUAGCAAAGGCAGUCGACAACAAAGCAGAAAUCUACGUAGAUGGUGGAGUUCGUUAUGGAACUGAUGUGCUAAAAGCAAUAGCUCUAGGAGCUCGAGCUGUUUUCAUAGGAAGACCAGUCUUAUGGGGUCUAACAUACAAUGGAGAAGAUGGAGUUUGUCGGGUACUGCAACUGCUACUGGAUGAAUUCAAAGUAGCAAUGAAAUUAUCAGGCUGUGCAUCUAUCAGUGACAUCAAUCAUUCUCUUGUUGUUCAUCAAUCACAUUUCUGGUCAAACCUCUAGAUUUAUAAUAAUUAGAGUAACUUCCUUCUCUUUAUACACACGUUAAAUUACUUUCAAUAUUAAAAUUUUCUACAACUACUACUUGGUAAGUACUACCUAGAACUGAUGAACGAUUUCAUUAAAUGGUAUAUCACAAGACACUGUUAUAUACACAGUAUGUGCACUU